AUGCUGGGCGUUACCUUUCCCCUUCCUAUGCUAACAGUUGAUAUAACCAAGUCUAUUAUUACAGCGAGACAUCCUUUCAGGUGGUAUGAGUCGCCAAAACAGCACUCCUCUUCUUUCGUUCGUUUUGCGUUCCAUGGCCAGCUCCUUCAAGCAAUCGACAUCGAGCCAACGAACGCAAAGUCGAACUCGUGGGUACCAGAGCAGCUGAGGCAAUUACCAACACUCCAGCCUCGCACCCAUUAUUCGUGGGCCAAGGAGCCCUGUGACCAGUAUCCGGAAACGACUCUCCUCGUGAAACGCUCUCAGGUACCAUGUGUGUGUAUCGUUACGUGGUCAUACAGUGCUGUUCUCCGUCAGCCGCAUUCCGCGGACAAGUCGGAGACUGUUGUCGUACAAUCGAAAGGAAUUAGGCUAAAAACGCAGUCUCAAUGA